AUGUCGUCAGUUCACUACAAAUUUAAAGCAACACUUGAAUACAAAACUUUAACUUUUGAUGGCCUCCAUAUAGGCGUGGAUGAAUUAAAAAAAGCAAUAUGCGAUAAAGAAAACAUUCGAACAGAAUCUUUUGAUUUGUUAAUCACGAAUGCCCACACAAAGCGGGAAUAUACGACGGGGGAAUUGGUCCCAAGAAAUUCUUCUGUGGUCGUUCAAAGAUUGCCGAGAGAUAAUGCUUUGAAAUUACCCAAAGUCCAGGAUACAGCAAAUAGCGGGAUUGUUCAACGUUCUGCAGGCGUUUUUCAAACUUCGACCUACAUUAGUCCGGAUGAUUUCUCAAAGCUUACUGAAGAACAGAGGAUUGCCCAUGUAAAACAAGUUUCUGCGGAGAAAUACAGCGCUGCAAACUACCAAAGACGAGCAAUUGGAAUCAUGUCUGGACCUCCUCCACCGACUUAUGUUUGCAAUCGUUGUGCUCAACCUGGUCAUUGGUACAAAAGCUGUCCAUUGGUAAAUACAAAACGAACAACUGGAAUUCCGAUGGAUGAAUUGAUGGAGACUACCAAGGAUGACCCUCUAGCGAUGUUGCAUCCAUCUGGCAAAUAUGUCAAGUCGAUUAUGCACUUCCAAGCAAGGCUUCAAAGAAAACAUGAACCCUUUCCUGGGCAAAGUGAGGAUGUUACUGGCUCGCCUUAUAUCGAAGAACAAGUGGAGGUGCCAGAGCAAUAUAAAUGUUUUCUGUGCAAAGGGCUUUUGAGAGAUGCUGUUUUAGCCGCCUGUUGUGGACAUAGCUUCUGUGCUGAAUGUUACCAACAACAGCUUCUGGCUAAUCCAUUGGAACAAUGCCCCGGUCCUGACUGCUCACAACAAAUCAGCGCCGAUUCUCUCAUUCCAAAUAAGAGUUUACGAGCUGCAAUUCAGAAGUAUCUAAAUGAGCUCCAAACUGGCGGUGAAACAACAGAUCAACAAACAGGAGGAGUCAAUAAGCCAAGUGUGUUGACUGAUACGCAGUCACUUUUACACAAACUCAUGCCGGAUCUGGCUUUAGCUCAGGCUCAGAGAGAAUUGGCUACUACUACUGGACCGUCCAUAGUACCAACAAACAUUCCAGCUUCAAUUACUCAACCGCCGCCUUCAAAGCCACCACCAAUUUUCAUUGGGUUGAAGAAUCCAACUGAUCCUGUAACUUCGUCAACUGUCAAUGUUACAACGCAGGAUACCAGUUCUUAUGUUACUGCUCCUGCCCUUUCUUCUCAACCUGCUUCAAUCAAUAACAUUCCAGCCGCGUCAACUGCUUCAUCGUUGCAAGGAGCUCCUCUUUUUCUGCCACAAAUUCCAAUUUUUGAUCCAAAAAGGCCUCCUCCUCCUAUAAAUAUUCCAAUUUCUGCAGCUCAAAGUGUUUCAAUUACUCCUCCAAUUAUUUCUUCAUCCACACAUAUGACAGCUGAAAAUGGAUCCGUUAGUCAUGUCAGCACUUCAAUUAAUACAGCUCAACAGAAAGGUUUGGUUAGUGCGUCGCCUCUUUCUGCGCAGGAGCUAAGUUCAGUCUGGGAAAACUUUUUAAAACGCAAAGACAAGGAUUCGGCAGCGAAAAGUAUUGUUGCCGCAGCAGCAUCUUCAGGGCAAAGUGGUGGUGGAUAUCCUUCUCUUCCUCCAAUGUCAAGUGCUUCUUCUGAUGCAGUUAUUCAGUCACAACAAAGACAAACGGGUGAAGGUAUAAACACGGAAUUGCGACCGCCUGGUUCAGUUACUCCUGUUACUACUGGAUUAGUUCCUCCUGGAAUUGGACAAGACCAUUCAAGCAUUAUUGGAUCUUCACUUUCUUCAAACUUGUUGGCGAAUAUUGGUGGUGUAAGGCCGUUGAAUCCAUCACUUGCAUCAAAUGUUCCGUAUCAAACAGCAGCUAUUCGACCUAUUGGCCCUCAUGUACCUGACAGUGAAAUAACUCAAGUCUGGCUUUCUUUCUUGCGUAUGAAGGACAGUCAACAACAAAAUCGUCAAUACAAGAAGAGGUACUCAAUUUCUCCUGAAAGAAGAACCCCAUCUCCUCAAGAUCAGUUUUCUCGAAGAUCAUCUCGAGCAGUUGGUGGUAACUAUCGUCGAAGUAAACCCUACUUCAAUCCUCGUCAUCAUACUUUGGAAGAAAAAGAAGAAAGAAAUGGCGAAAAGGAUGAACGAAGAGGAGGAAGAAAAACUGAAAGAAAAGAAGAAAGGGGCGAGAAAAAAGAAGAAAAGGAGAUGAAAGUGUCGAGGAAAGAUGAACGAAAAGAAGAGAGAAGAGAAAAGAAGGAACGGAAGGAAGAUGCAGAAAUGAAGGAAGAAAAAGAAGAAAAGAGAGAACAUAAGGAGGAUGCAGAAAUGACUGAAGAAGAAAGAGAAAAGGAGGAAAAUGAAGAUAUACAAAUGAAGGAUAAGAAGAUGGAAAAAAGAGGGAUGAGGAAAAGGAGGAAAGAGCUAAAGAAGGAAGAGAAGAGAAAUCUAGGGAAGUAA